AUGGCUGGUCGUAUUGGGGGACAUUCUCUGGCAAGAAGAUUGAGUAGAGAAUCUAAGGAGCAUGAUUUGUCAUGUUCUGGGCCAUCGCCAAUGAUUGAAGGGUUCCUUUUAGCUAUUUCUGCCUUGGAAUGUGGACGACGGUUCACCAAUAUUGGUCCUUUUAACUGUAGAGCGAGAGUGAUACUUAUUUCUAACGGCAAAACAAUUUCCUCGACCGACUUAGACUCAGAAUAUCGUGUUACUGAAAAUGAAGAUCAGAGCUUACUGCGAUCCAUUGCCUAUGGAUCUCGAGGAGGAAAAAUUCUACAUUAUGAAGAAGCCACACAAUUCGCAAAAUAUUCUCUGAACAUGAUGAUUGCUGGGGACAUUCUCGGGGAGGUGCCGCCUACUUUCUGCACUAUUGAUGACGUGAAAUCAUUAGUAUUUUCUACCAGAUUUCAACAUGUUGUCACAGAAAGGGACCUGGAAGAUGUGGUGGAGAUUUUAAACAAUAGGCGUGUAUAUGAGAUUAAUGUAUAUCCAAAUGAAGAACAGUUAGAACUCCAUGAAUAUACUGAACGUGAUGAAAGACUACCUCCACCAGGAACGCGAGUACGAAGAGGUCCAUGUUGGCCUUAUAACGAUCAGAAUUCAGAUGGAGGGGUGAACGUUGAAUGGGACAAUACAUUGAAAUUUCCUUACCAAUAUGACCCCGAUGAUCAGAGGCUAUGUAGCGUCAUCGUUUGUGAUGAACCGCGGAUAUUACAAAGAGAAGAAAUCGCCGUAGGUUGUGUUGUUAAAAGAGGUCCAGAUUGGAAAUGGGGAAACCAGGAUGGCGGUGCAAGUAAUAUUGGAGCUGUUUAUAGAGUAAAGGAAGACGUGGUCUAUGUACGCUGGCCAAAUGGAAACAAAAGUAAUUACAGAUUUGGUUAUGAUGGAAAAUUUGAUAUUGUAGUCUGGUAG